AUGUCUGCCAAGUCAACUGUCGGAUUUAUCGGGCUGGGUGCCAUGGGUUUUGGCAUGGCAACCAACCUGGUGGCCCGGGGUCACCAAGUCAAGGGCUACGAUGUGUUCCCAGCGAGUGUGGAGCGUUUCGAAAAGGCAGGGGGGAUUGGAGCCAAGUCACUGUUAGAUGUUGUGGAAGGCGUCAAAGAUUGCGUGUGUAUGGUGGCCACGGCCGCACAGGCCCAAGAUGUUCUCAUCAACAAGGGCGUCGGGGCGACGAUAUACCUGUGCUCGACGGUACCUUCCACGUACGUCACUGCUCUUCAGGAUGACAUUGCCAAACUAGGACGGGAAGAUGUCUCUCUCAUCGACUGUCCCGUUUCGGGUGGCGCGGCGAGAGCGGCUGCUGGGACGCUGUCCAUCAUGGCAGGCGCCUCUCCCCAGGGCCUUGAGAAGGCGGGGCCUUUGCUCCUAGAAAUGGGGGCCAAAGAAACAGUAUUCACGAUGCCCACGGGAGUUGGCGCUGGCAGCAACAUGAAGUUGGUCCAUCAGGUCCUGGCCUGCUGCAACAUCCUGGCUGCGGGAGAGAUCAUGGGGUUUGCAGCAAGCCUGGGCUUGGAUGGCGAUGAACUAUUGAAGCGUGUCAGUUCAACUGAUGCAGGGGCGUGGAUGAUACAGAAUCGCAUCCCCCGAAUCAUGGCCGAGGAAUUCGUACCUGUUGUCAGUGCCAUGGCAAUUAUUCUCAAAGACAUAACCCCGCUCUCGGCAUUUGUAGAACAGCAAUAUGUUGCCCGGUCGGCUCGAGGAGGAGGAUCGACUGACGAUGCGGAGUUGAUCAAGCUAUACUACCCAGCUGCUGUCAAGGAUGCUCCAUCCGCCAGCCAGCGAUCUAAUGACACAGCAGAAUCGGAUAUCCAUCUUGUGCUUGGUACGCUCAAGAGUCUCCUACUUCUGGCUGUUGCCGAAGCUGUCGGCCUGGUGCAUGCACUCGGCGUUGACAUGAACACAUUCUACAAGCUUGCAUCAAGUGCAUCCGGCGGUAGCCGCAUGCUGGAGAGAUACGCGCAUGAAAUGUAUGCCUUUCUGGACGGAUCUCGGGAGGCAUCUACAGAGUACGGCACCGUCAACGACCUCGUUGGUCAACUGGAACUUGCUUUGGAAGAGGCGAAGAAAGCCGAGUGCCCUUUAUUCAUGACAUCCAAUGUUAUGAGCACCCUUCUACUGGUCAAGGGCAAAGGAUAUGGAAACGCAGGGCUAGCAAGCGUCGUGUCGCUCUGGAUCAAAGAUGCUUGA